GCUCGUGGACCCAAACGGAUGCAAGUCUGUUCGUUUAUCUAUUCGUGAAACGGGUCUUGAAGAAUGGCCAUAUAAAACAUUACUGUUCUAUACGCUGACCAAGAGGGCACGUGCCUGAAAGGAAGAAGUGACCAAAUCACUUGUGAAAGUGUUGUGUAGAGGGGCUGGAGUGAAAGUGAAAGCAUUCAGUGGGUCGCCACCUUUCCUUCGACAUGUAGGCUGGUUGGACGCACACAGGGCUGCGUUCGGAGCAGAGUGAAAUUUUUAAGGCAGGUCAUUAAAUUGCAAUAGCAGUUUAAAACUGAAGAUGUCCGUCCACCAGCACGCGGUGUUUUUUGAGGCGAGUGACCUCUCAAAUGAUGACAUGGUAACGAUUAGAAAGUACUUUCAGAUCAGGCGGCGGUCGGGCGGAGGAGACUGUGGGGAAGUGGAGAAAAUGAGAGAGAACACGUACAAGAUCGCCUUCAGAGAGCAAACAGACCAGGAAAGAGUUUUAAGCAAAACAGAGCAUACAGUCCCUCUAGCCAGGCAAAGAAGUCUGCACAUCUUGCUCCGUCGCCAUGACGAACAAGAAGACAAGAAAAAACAACCAUCUUCCUCAACGGAUCAACAGAUGGCCUCAGGAGGUAAACCCAUGGAAACAGCUUUGAAACUGGACCCUUACUUAUUGCAGUUCCUGAAAGAGAGUGCAGCAGCAAGCUUAGACUUAGAGAAGCAUCUUGCCUUUCUGUCCAGUUCCUACAAAUUAGACCUUGUAUCUGAGAAGGUAAUAGUAAUCAGGGAUCAGGUUGAAUCAGCUGAAGAUGAUGUUGCCCAGAAGUGGGAAGCAAAAGUGGAAAAAUUAUUUUCAGACCUGCAGGCCCGCUAUCUUAUUCAUUUUGAGGUGGAGCCUGAAAGGCUAAUGAUCCUGAAGCAGAACCCCUUCCCACCCAGUGAAUACCUUAAAAUCUAUAAAGAAGGUGGUCUAACAGUGAUUGUUGGAGAGAAUAUGGAGAUGGAGAAGUUCUUGAAAAUUAUGGAUGCGUUGCAGUUGCAGCAGCAGGCCUGUAAAGAGUAUCCUGUGGCUGAGACGCAGUACACUCUUGUGAAAGAGCAGUUUGAACAGGAGAUGAAGUCAAAUUUUUCAGGAAUCAAAAUUACAAAGGACAGGCCAGACUCUGUUGCACUGAAAGGUCCUGAAGAACAAGUUCAGGCUGCAGGCAAAAAGCUUCAAGCGCUGGUGAAUCAGAUUCAAGAGAAAAGGAUUCAGCUUCAUCCUGCUCUCACAGCAUUCUUGUCAUCAAGUGGUGCAGUGCAGAAGUACCAGACACGAUUCCGACAGAGUCUGCGUAGGCCGGUUUUGCUUGAGACCAGAGGUUCAGACCUGGUCCUGCUGAGUCUAUCCACUGGGGCACUACAGGAAGCAGCAACAGCAGUGCAGAGGGACGUGUGCGUGGAAUCAGUACCACUGGAACGAGCUGAAGCUGGGCCACCAGGAAUAGACACUCUGAAAGAAGCUUUGAGGCAAGCCUUGCAACAAGCUAACAGUGGAACUACAAAUGUGGAAGUUACCUAUGAACCAGGAACGAAUGUUGACCCCAGAAUGAAGGUGCAGCUGGUGGGCUAUAACACUGAAGUCUCCACCUUAAAAAUUGUCAUACAGGACUACAAGGAGAACCAUGCAGAAUACAGUGACACUUUGCCUCUACCUUUACCAGAAAUGGUAGAUAACUUCUCUGACCUUCUUGCACUAGUAGUAGUAAAGACGGGUGAUGUGAAUCUAGUGGCCUCACACUUACCUGGCCCAUGCAUCCGACUCUCAGGACCACGUCGUGAAGUAAAAGACAUAAAAGAGAAGCUGAGUUCAGCUAUUGGCUGUCUUGUCUGGGACAAAAUUGAAGUAGAUGGACCAGGGGUUGUGCAGUUCUUUCAAGGGGACGGUUUAAAGACCCAGUCAUUAGUGCAGAAUUCCUUUCAGGUUCUCAUAAUACCAGAAUAUAAUGCAAGAAGUAGUCCUACAGCAGCCGGACGCAGAGCAUGGACCAGCCUCCCUAAUCUAUCCAGUGCUGUAUCUACACCCCAAACUCCUGCUGAUUCAUCGUUGGCCCUUGAAAUUGUAUUUGGGGGUCUUGAAGAACAACAGGCUGAUGUACUUGUUGUCCCCAUGUUGAAAACCACCCUGAACUCAACCAAAGUUGGGACGUGCUUGUUGGAUAAAGCAGGACAACAAUUGAAAACCAAUUUUAAUACUGCCAAAGGAAGACGGAGAAUAACUCCUGGAGAUGUGCUGGAGGUAGAUGGGACUCCACUGGGGUGCAGCAAGGUGUUCUUUAUUGAGUGCGUUCCUUGGAGUGGAAACACAGAUGAUGGCGAAAGGGCACUACGCUAUGGCCUGGAGCGAGCCCUGUCCCUAAGUGAGCAGCAGGGUUGGAGCUCUAUUGCUAUGCCGGUAAUCGGACCUGGGCCGGCUCUAUCAGUACCCGUCAAAGAUGCCAGUUCUAUUCUGACAGAGAUUAUUAGCACAUUUGGCAGGUCUGGAUUCAGUGGCACUAUACGCAUUGCCAUAAUGCCUAAUUACGCCAAUUCUGAAGAGAUCUACCAGGCAGUCUUCACAGGGCUGAGUGCACAAAUGGUGGAUCAGACAGGGCAAGCUGUCUUUCAGUCUCUAAGCUCUGAAAUUGACGAAAUCACCAUCCCAGCGGGCAGGUGUCAGCUCCAUCUAGUGUUUGGUGACAUCAGCAACGAGAUUACCGAUGUUGUUGUAAACACCACAGACUUUAAUGACUUUCACACAGAUGUGUGCAAUGACAUCCUGACUGUUGCUGGACCACAAGUGCAGGCUGCUCUAACAGGGGUGCGGGUAAACAAAGGAGAGAUCUUUACCACCCAACCUGGAAACUUCCCCUGCAAGGAGCUCAUGCAUGUGUGUGGAGAAAAGGACACAGGUGUUAUUAAAGGACUGGCACGAGAUAUAGUGUCAAAAUGUGAAAGUGACGGUUGCCAGUCAGUGGCAAUUCCUGCCAUCUGUGCCGGAAAAGGAGGCCUGGAAGCACGCCUGGUGGCUCAGUCCAUUCUCCAGGGAGUAAAGGAUGCUGUGAGAGGUGCUAACUUCAGAUACCUCAAAACAAUUCGGAUUGUCAUCCUGAAAAUCAAUGUCUUCUUGGCAUUCAAAGAAGUGGCACUGCAGCUCUUCGGCACAUUCACACAGACGACAGCUCCUGCACUGCUAAGACCUUUCAGAGCUGCCUCUAGAGGGCACCAACCACCAUCUAUGGCCAUAGAUCUCAGCUCCCUUGUUCAAGCCCUGCCAGUCCAACAGAGGAGCAGAGCUGAGUUUCUUGUCAUAGGCUCAACUGCAGAGAAUGUCUCAUACGCCUGUCAGGAACUUCGUCGGGCUUACGAGAGAGAGUGCUCAUCUCAGUCAUUCUCUGCAGAUGAGCUCAGACACCUGGCUCAAGAUGAAUUUCACCGUAUCACCAGUAAUGUGGAUUCUCUGGGUAUCCAGAUAACCCAGCGUAGCCCAAAUGAUUUGGUAGUAUGUGGACUGACAAGUGGAGUAAAUGAAAUUGCCCGCAUGAUGCAAGGGGCUCUUCUUAGGCAGGUGAGAGAAAGCGAGCAGGACAUUAUUUUUGCUCAUGUCAGCUGGUGCAUUCUGGGAUCAAGGGGUGACUGGGAGAGACUGCCCAAAAAGGCCCAUCACCAGCUAGAAAAUAACAACUUCGCGGCAGGGGUGAUGGAUGCACAGGGACGGAUGUGGGCAGUAAAUCUGACAAGAAUGGAGGCCUCAGCAAUUGCAGUUCCAAGCACGGUGGCCAAGUUGAAACGACUGGAGAACCUUUCAGAUUUCUCCUUCCCUCUGUACUGGGACAGCAUGGACCCAGGAGAAACCCUAAAGCUGGUCACUCUGCCCUCCAGCUCUGCUGAAUACAAAAGGGUGAAAGCAGACUUCAAGAGAACAGUCCAGAAAACAGUGCUCAAAAUUGAGCGCAUACAAAAUGUGCACCUCCGUCGGGCUUAUGAAGUUCGUAAGAAAGAGCUGCAGGAUAAGAAUGGGUUUCCAGUGGGAGCAGGAGAGAAAGUUCUGUACCAUGGAAGCACAGGUGUUGCCUGCUCAUCCAUACAGAGGACUAACUUUGAUCGCAGAUUUGCAGGGCAAAAUGCAACAAGGUUUGGUCUUGGAACAUAUUUCGCCGUGAACGCCAGCUACUCUGCCCAUCCCACUUUCUCUGUACCUGCCGCAGACGGAACGCAGCUCAUGUUUGUUGUCCUUGUCCUCACGGGUCACUAUGCCCAGGGACAGAGUAACAUGAACACUCCACCUCCCCGCUCCUCUCAGGACCCCAAUGACCGCUGCGACAGCGUGGUUGACAACAUGCAGAAUCCUGAGAUGUUUGUGGUGUUUCACGACUGCCAGGCGUAUCCAGACUACCUCAUCACAUUCAAAUAAAGGUGCUUCUACAUCUCCUGGCUGAAUUUAAGACACUCAUUCUAUAGCUAAUGCUUUUUUUUGAUUUUGACAUCCAGCAGACUAGACUGAAAAAGAUAUGCAAUAAUAAGUGAUGCCCCAUGCAAAUCUCUUUGAGUUCUGAUACUGAUUUAAGUGCCUAUAGCGUAUACAUUAAUCCAUUUGUCACAGUCAUUCACUGUUCCCAUAAUUUGGAUUUUGGACAAUGGCAACAAGACAAAAACAAAAGAAUAAAUGCUAAUGGACAAGCAUUCUGUUAUGAAUUACAGAAUAAAUACAUUAGAACACUGUUUGAAGGCUACCUACAAAGGGACAUUAUAACACAUGUAUAAGCACUGAAUGACAUAUUUAUAAAGAAUUUUUGAAUGGUUUCAUUGCAAAACGCAUAAUAGGCCACCUUUAAGAAUUUUCUUUUUUGUAAUAUAAGCCUACAUUCACAUUACCCAGCUGAAGUGGAACAAAUCCAAUUGUUUUGCCCAAAUAAGACUCCAAUCUGAUGUUUUCAGCUGUGUGGACACACAAAUCUGAUCUUUUCAAAUCCGAUCUGAGCCACUUUCAUGAUGUUGCACUGUUGGUUAUUGACUCACCUCAUUGACAUCAUGGAAUCAUGGAAUUGGUAGCAUUAUUUAGUGGGAUGGUGGCUAGAAUGCUGUUAGCACACUGAGGAAGGCCAUGUGCCGAAACCCGUCUGUGCUUAAUUCAUUAAAUCUGUUUAAUGAAUAUACUGUAAAUGUAUGAGUGUAGUCCCAACAUUUCCUAUUCUUUAACUCUCUUUUUUGGAUUCAGCUUUUUCACGUCCUUUUUUGAUGAGGAAGUUAGCCUUUCGAUUUUUUUUUUUUUGGCUUAAUGACAUCAUAUUCCAUUUAUAACACUGCUAUGAAUCAUCAUUCCUAAGUAAUAUUCAAGUAGAAAUAUAGUAUUAUUACUGUAUUUAAUAUCUUUACUCAAAUGCAAGUUUGUUAUAUGUCUAUUUUUAUAAAAACGAUUAGCCUAAGGGGAACAGGAUUAUCCACAGUACUGAUAUAUGGUGUUCCUAACUAGGCCUCUGUAUUUUAAGUUCUAUCACUUGGGAAUGUUCAUAACAGUGUUGUAAAUUGAACACAUGGCACUUUAGUUUAAGGCCCCUUGUGUCAAUACAAAGUCUGCUUUAUAAAUAUGUUAUUCAAUGCUUAUGCAUGAAGUUCCUAUGUAGGCAGCCUUCACAUGUAGUGUUACCCAUUAUUGUGUCUGUUUUUGUUCUUUGUAUAUUCCUUGUUGCCCCAUACAUCAACCCAAAAACAUGUUUGAAAGCGGAAGUGAGUCAGCUUUUCCAUAAACUAUUCUACAUACCAUAGAGGAUGGUUAUCAUGAACUCUCUUAUUAGCUUAUUAUCAAGUUAUGAAUAACAUGUGAAGACACUGCUGAUGCCCUAGAUUAGUUUGACCACUGCUGCAGUUGUUGCUGAAUGCACGCCUCACAGCAAGUACAGCAAUAUUUAUUAAUGAUAGGCACAGCAGUAGUUAUUGAUGACAACAUGGGCCACUUGGUGCAUCACGCAUAUGCAACAAACUGGUCUUACUUUUCUCUCAUGUCUGUAUAGGUUACUGCACACUUGUUGGGGGCCUUUACAAGAAGUUAUUUGUGUAAUAGAUCACAAUUAAUUAGAAGAGUAUAUCUUUUCUCAGAAAUGGGAUUCAGACUAUUGGGAACAUUUUACAGGCUACUUUGGAAAUCCAGUGCUUUCCUGGUUAUCAUUUGUUCAUAUUGUGCUUGAUAGUCAAACAUUUUAUGUUCAGUAAACUAUUAAACUAUUAAUAGCAUGAAGGAGUCAUAGCAUAUCUGUAAGCCUUAAUAGGAUAUAACUGCUCUUAUUCCAGAAAAAAUGUUGAAGGAAAGAAGAUUAGUUGAUUUUAAAAUGUAUGAUCUAAAAGGCCUCCAAGAUGUUAAUAGUGUAACUUCAAAAUAUUGUUUGCAGAAAUGACUACUUCACUGGUUUGAUAGAAAGUACUGACAUAAAUAAUGAUGUUAGUUUAUUGUUGAUGAAUUUUUAUUCUUAGUGUUGUAUUCAUAUCAAGUUGAUACUUCAGCUCUGUUCAGUCAUUUUGUAAACAGUUUAAACAAUGUAUCAGGUAUGAUUUAGAACCAGAGGGGGAAAACUGAUAAAAUUAAUAAAAAGCUGAUUGCAGCACAGUUUUGUCAUUUUGCACAGUAUAAAUUGAAUAGAUGUUUUUACUUGAAUUUUUUCAUGGUGAGUCGGCAUGGGAUAAGCUGCAUAUAAGAUAAGCUGUAGUUGCGUAAGACAUCCCAUGGUCAUGAAGAGCUUCCUCCAUGGUUCUUGGCUUAGUCACCUCAGGAAGCUCAAUGUAAGUCAUUUAUUGUUGCAAGUUUGGACAAGAGUUUGUAACGGCUUAAAGCACUGCUUUCAUCCAUUAGGUGCUUCUAGGUUUUUAUUAUUUUUUUAUUCUUGAUAGUUCCUCAUACAGACACACUAUAUUAAAUAAAUACAUUUUACCGUUUUUUAGCAGUCAUUAUCAUGACGUGUCACACGGUGUGAAAGAUUAAAGGCCUUUCUUUUCUUUUUGAAACCGGAGAACAUUUUCGUGAGUCUUUCUUGGGUCAUAAAAUAUACUUUCUGUGUUGUGAGAUAGACAGUCCUGUAACAGUCUCCAAUGUGAGAUACAGAAAAAAGUGACAAUAGCUAUAGUAUAGGAUCUCACACAAAGCCUUAAGGAUCAAAUUUUUUUAUGGAUCAAAAAUCUGUUCCAGUUCAUUGGAACUAUUAUUUCAUAAUUUCUGUCCAAUGAGUGGCCGUUGAUUUCUGAACUGGUGUAUUUCAAAACUCCUGUUUCAAUUCUCUAUAUGAACUGUAAAGAGUGACUGUCUCAGUAGUAUACACCUCUGUGCUCUUUAAUUUUUCUAAUAAACUGCCAUGGAA